AUGACCUUAUGUAGAAUAAUAGCGAAAAAGGUUAAUACUGACAAUGUACUUGAUAAGUUCCACUCGAAUUUUCGAGUACAAUAUGACGCCGCCGCCGCCGCCGACGACGACGACGACGACGAUGAUGAUGAUGAUGAUGAUGAUGAUGAUGAUGAUGGUGAUGAUGAUGAUGAUGAUGAUGAUGAUGAUGAUGAUGAUGAUGAUGAUGAUGAUGAUGAUGAUGAUGAUGAUGAUGAUGAUGAUGAUGAUGAUGAUGAUGAUGAUGAUGAUGAUGAUGAUGAUGAUGAUGAUGAUGAUGAUGAUAUGAUGAGAUGA